GAAGAAAGAGAAAAAUGGAAUAUCGUUUUAAUGGGAGCCAAACGAGGUCUUCCAUGUGAAGUUAGUUUUUGAGCACAAUAGGUUGUUCAUGUGAUUCAACUCGUCGAUUGAAAAUGGUUAUGGCUUGCUUAGUUGAUAGACACAAUUGUGUGCUUUGAUUUGAGUUUCUUGGGAUAUUAGAUCUUUGCUUCGUAUCCUCUCUUGCCUGUAUGUUUGGAGAAGGUUAUAACUGUCUUAUCUGUUUCUCCAUAUUUUUUGAUUUAUUCUAGUUUCCACAUGAAAAAGCACUCAUCUCUUCUGAGGCUUGACACAUUUGAUGUUUAUGACUAACAGAGAAAUAGAUAGAGAGGAAUUCAAGAAAGUAAUGAGCUGGAUGCGAUCACACAAUAGACAAGGGGCUGUCCACAGUGAUGGACUUCGAGCAGGGCACAAAUUAGGAGAUUCAGCUGAAAAUGGAGGCCUGGUGGAGUACUUCUUUGGCAAAGAUGGCAAGUUGCGCCUCCAACACGACAAAUUUGUCCAAUUCUUGAGAGAUCUGCGUGAUGAGAUGCUAAGUCUGGAGUUUGCCCAUUAUGACUACAAGGUACAAGGAACAAUAUCUGCCAAAGAUUUUGCUCUGACCAUGGUGGCAUCUGCUGAUAUGAAGCACUUGAAUAAAUUGCUUGAUCGGGUUGAUGAUUUAGAUAAUGUGCCACGUCUCAGAAAUAUGCGCAUCACGAUUGACGAAUUUAAAAGUUUUGCAGAGCUGCGAAGGAAGUUGCAGUCAUUUUCUCUUGCACUUUUUAGUUUUGGACAAGUUAAUGGGCUGUUGACGAGGAAGGAUUUACAACGAGCUGCUUCCCAAGUGUGUGGCAUCUCUCUUACCGACAAUGUGAUUGAGAUUAUCUUCCAUUUGUUUGACACAAAUCGUGAUGGAAGUUUAAGUGCGAGCGAGUUUGUAAGAGUUCUACAGAAGCGGGAAAGAGAUAUUGCACAACCCACAGAGGCAGGCAUGUUGAGCUUUUUGUCCUGCUGUGGGGACUGUAGAAAAACCUACUCUAUUGCAAGGUUGUUAUCCUAAAGAUUAUGAAUUUAUAUAAUUGGGGAUUAGAUCUCCUGUUUCCCUUCCCACUUUGUAAUAUAGCAAAUAAAAGAGAUUGAAUUGAAUGUUCUGAGAUUGGGUUGGCAACGGCUUGGUUA